UCUUCUCCUUUGCCAGAGAUCCGCGGUGGCCGGGGGCCUAAGGAGGGGUCACUGAGGUCGCUGCCCCUGUACGACACGCCCUACGAGCCAGCUGAGAACGGAGGGGACUCAGACGGCGAGCGUCCCCGCUGCCCCAGAGAGAGUCGGCUGCCACAGGACGACGAGAGGCCCCCGGAGGAGUACGACCAGCCCUGGGAGUGGAAGAAAGAGCGCAUCUCCAAGGCUUUCGCAGUAGAGAUUAAAGUGAUCAAGGAUCUGCCGUGGCCCCCUCCUGUCGGCCAGCUCAACCACAGUCCUGCCCUGGCCCUGCUGGAGGGGGUGGAGUCACCCCCCGCUCUGCCCCCCCAGCCAGCCCAGCACUCCCCUGGGCACACUGCCUGUGACCAGCACCACCAUGUCCAGUUUGAAGGGGCGGAGAAGUCCAGAAUGUCGCCCACCAAGGAGGGUAAAGGAGGGCGUCCGCCCCGCAUCCACUCCAGUUGCUGUCUGGUCAACACCAAGAUGAGCUCUCUGGACCACUGCAGUGCUGCUCUGGGGGAACGCAUUGACCCCUCCUUGUCCCUGGAGAGCCAGUUCUGGUACCAUGGAGCGAUCAGCAGGACGGAUGCGGAGUCUCUGCUGAGGCUGUGUAAAGAGGCCAGCUACCUGGUGAGGAACAGUGAGACCAGCAAGAACGACUUCUCCCUCUCACUCAAAAGCAGCCAGGGCUUCAUGCACAUGAAGCUGUCGAGGACGAAGGAGAACAAGUACAUCCUGGGUCAGAACAGCUGUCCCUUCGACAGUGUCCCUGAGAUCAUCCACUUCUACUCCAGCCGCAAGCUGCCCAUCAAGGGGGCCGAGCACAUGUCCCUGCUCUACCCCGUGGCCAUCAGGACACUAUAGUGACACGUCCUUCCCCAAAGGUCACUCAGGGGUCAGAUGCCCUCCUGCCGCCUCCCAUGGGAAACCCUGUCGCUCUGCCUUUCUCCUUCUGUCUGAUUGGUCUGAAGGACAGAGUUCAAGUUGGCGGAGGAGGCAGGGAUGAUGAUGAUAACACAGCUCACCUGUCAUCACCCACCUGAUCUCAGACCAGCUAUUAACUUUUUGUUUGUAUUUGCUACAACAUUAUCAUUGCAUCAUUGACUGACACAUUAUCUGCUGACAAGGAUUGUUUGACUGAUCCCACAGCUGCUUCCUCAACAGUACCACUCUGUACCAAUCUCCUCCACACAAGACCUGUUCAUAUUGGAUUUGGCUCCAUGUUAUGCUGAAAGUGUUUAUUUAGUCAGGGGAAGCUAAAGAUUGUAAUGUCCUUUAUAAAGGAAGUGUGGAAGGCACAUUAAUGUAUUGGAGUUGGGUUAUAUAUGGGCACUCUACAGUGGCCGGCAAACUCAAUAAACCUGCCCUGUGUGAAUACUUUCCCCAUCAGUGCAACAACAGUUUAGUGUUUAAGUGCUGUACGGUCUACAGACUGACGUCUCUGUCUAUUCCCGGGACUGCAAUUUCUGAUAUCCUUCACCACGGGGGUCCCAUUGGUAGGACAGUGUAAGUACAGCUCUGGUUUCACAGUCAGCAGACUGAUAUAUGGAUCACUAUGUUACACAGCAGUAGCCCCAUUGGCCAAAUGAGCCAGAGAUGGGCGCCUAGUCGCAAAAUGGGCUAAAUUACCUUCCCAAUCCGCCAUCGUAGAAUAUCUUUGUAUGGGUAGAAUGGAAUAUGCCUGCAUUGUCUACCUCAGAAAAUCAAUUUCAUUCGUGAAUCUGCAGAUCAAUAGGUACAAUGGGAUUGCAGAUAUUGAUCCAACGCCCACCAUGCAACUCUGAUUCCCAACAAAUUGCAUCUAUGGUUUAAGAAUAUGUUUUUGCAUAAACCAGUCAAUCAGAUAAUGUUUUUGGUUCUUAUUUUUAAAACUACAUUUUACAGAUCAGCAUUUGUAUGUAUAGUCACUAUGAAAUUGUGUGAUGUCAGUAACAAAUGUUUGGUUAAUGCCUUAUAAUGCAUGGGUUGAAUCAGUCGGAUUAGAUCCGCUGAUUUCUAGAGUUCUGCUUCUUUCAACGAUUGUUCUGUGACUGUAAUUUAUUCUGGGGUAAUUCUUCUUAUUACAGAUGUGUUACCCCUCUCUGUGAAGGCCUGCCUCGCGGCAUCCGGCCCUCACUAUUCUCUGCCAUGUGAUCGUGUUUGGGCAGAGCCUGAAUAACCUGGGCCUGGCCUCAUAUACUGUGGUGCUUCGCUUUGUGUUUUAGUCAGUUCUGCUUCAUGUGUCCAACUGCCUCUGUGGCCUGACUCUGACUCUGAGACACUGAUGAGUAAUGGUGUCUCGUGACCAAUGGGAUUGUCAAGCCUCACAUAAUGACUGUCUGUAGAAACCCCAUGGACCAAUCGGAGGACUCCAUUUUCCUGAAUGAACUCAGACCUCCAGUCUGUCAUAACCCAUCUAUUUGUUGUAAUUAUUGUUGUAAUUACACACCUCAAAAUUGUUUUUUUUA